GUUUGUUCUCACCAAUAGCUUUUUGCUUUAGAAAUAGAAUCGCUCGAACAAGAGAGAAAAAGGGGUUAGGGUUAGGGAUUUGUUCAUGGCAUCAACAAAGAAGAUCACGCUCAAGAGUUCGGACGGUGAGGCGUUCGAAGUGGAUGAGAUUGUAGCUCUGGAAUCUCAGACGAUAAAGCAUAUGAUAGAAGAUGAUUGUGCCGACAGUGGAAUUCCCCUUCCCAAUGUCACAAGCAAGAUUCUUGCAAAGGUAAUCGAGUACUGUAAGAAGCACGUUGAGGCCACUAGCGCUGAUGAAAAGCCUACUGAGGAUGAACUCAAGGCUUGGGAUGCUGAUUUCGUCAAGGUUGAUCAGGCCACACUUUUCGAUCUCAUUCUGGCUGCAAACUACCUGAAUAUCAAGAACCUUUUGGACCUUACAUGCCAGACUGUAGCUGACAUGAUAAAGGGGAAGACUCCUGAGGAAAUUCGCAAGACUUUUAACAUUAAGAAUGACUUCACCCCUGAGGAAGAAGAGGAAGUUCGUCGGGAAAAUCAAUGGGCGUUUGAAUGAAUUAUUUUGAAAUGCCAAUGAAAGCAGUGGAUGGGAUUAAUGAUAGUUGCUAGUUAUUCUGUUACUGUUUUGUUUAUGUUUGAUAUGUUGGCGUAAAAGACUUUUUCUUUGUUGAACCCUGUGGGCAAUCUUGAAAUUUGUAAGUAAUAGUUGAAUUUGGUAAUGCUUUUGAGUCUCUAGUAUAUGAAGUUUGAUUCAUUAUCAAACUGUGUGUCUCGUAAUUGUUUUCAUCUAUGUUUACUAAAUAAUACGGUUCCUUCUCGCGA